AUGCCACAGUUUGCCGUGUUUGUGACGCCGUUUGUUGGAGUCAAAAACGCCAGCAUUUUUCUGACUGACUUUAGAAAGAACUGCUACCGCAGAUUGAGCGGAUGCCAUGUCCAAAAGCAGCGAGCUUUAGCCGUCGUCCCCUCCUCCUUCCUGGGAGCGGAGGGGAGGCAGUAGGCUCGGGCCGUGACGAUUAUCCGUGACGCAGGUUCGCCCUCCAUCACUAGCAGAGCCCACAGGGUGAAAACACCCAGAAUCCGAGCAAGCCAUCACGACCAAUGGAAAUAUGUAGUUAACUCGCCUGGUUUUCCACAUUGCGAUAGCAGGAGGGUUUGGUGGAGUCGACCAUUUGGAAGGGAAUCCACCAUGGGCGGUCACGACGACGACGGCUCGUACGUCGUAAACAAACAAAAACAGGACGGAGAGCUGAAGAACAAGCUGAACGAAGGCAGCCACUGCAACAACGCCAAGCGGGUCAAAGAGGGCCAGAACCAGCUGCGCAAAGUCACAGAGAACCAGCAGGACCAGGACCACAACUGCAACAUCAACCAGAAUGGCAACAAGGACGACUUCCCCCUGCAGAACACCACUCAGGAAGAGCAGCAGGGAAACGAGGAGCAGACCAAGUCCCCCAAAGCAGCCAUGACGCCCGGCCUCAGCCAGGAAGAGUCCAACAACAUCCUCAACGAGCCGCUGCUCAUCCACGCGCUGGAGUCUGAAGAGGAGAAGGAGAAGGAGCGGGAGGAAGACGACAAGGAGAAAGACAACGACCGCGAGGGGCAGGAGGAGGCUUCAGAUGGUGGUGGAGGAGAGAAACCCUCAGAGCGGAGUAACGUUGAGUCUCACAGGGAUGGCGGUGGUGGCGGCGGCGUAGGGAGAAACCCCUGCCUCCUCUUCUCCAACAUGAACGGGACCCCGAGUGACGAAGACCCCAGCUGGCCUUCGCUGUCUCAGGACAACUCUGACAGUUCUCCAAAUGGGAACAGAGAAUCUUUCUGGGACUCCAGCGCGUUUGAGACGGACACGGACCUGCCUUCCGGGUGGAUGAGAGUGCGCGACACGUCAGGCACGUAUUACUGGCAUAUUCCCACAGGCACCACCCAGUGGGAGCCUCCGUCACCUCUGGGGAAGGUCGGCGACUCCAUGAUGUCCUCCACCAUGUCUCUGGAGACCACGCCCUGCGAGGAGCCAGAGGAAACCUGGGCUCAGCUUUCCAGCACAGAUGAUGGUGGUGAUGACGGGGAACUGUGGAAGGAGGAGGGAGAAGCUGCAUCUGACCAGAGUCUGAAAGAGUUUGAAGGAGCAACUCUACGCUAUGCAUCUAUCAAUUUAAAUUACAACUGCUCCCAGUCAGAAGACGAGGAAAAGAUCGCUCCACAGUGCACAGACCUGGAGACCAAGUGUUUCGCCGUGCGUUCUCUGGGCUGGGUGGAGAUGUCUGAGGAGGACCUGGCGCCCGGAAAGAGCAGCGUGGCCGUCAACAACUGCAUCCGGCAGCUCUCCUAUCACAAACACAACCUGCACGACACCGCUGGGAUCUGGGGGGAGGGUAAGGACAUGCUGAUGGUCCUGGAGAACGACACCAUGAACCUGAUCGACCCUCUGGGCCAGACUCUACUUCACUCUCAGCCAAUCGGAAGCAUCCGUGUGUGGGGCGUCGGCAGAGACAACGGAAGGGAUUUUGCCUAUGUUGCUCGGGACAACCUCACCCAGGUGCUUAAGUGUCACGUUUUCCGUUGCGACUCGCCCGCCAAGAACAUCGCCACCAGCCUGCACGAGAUGUGCUCAAAGAUCAUGAUGGAGAGAAAGGCAAACAAGCCAGGCGUGAGCAGACUCAACUCUGACCCAAGCAAACCGUUUGGCAUCCCUGUUGAAGAGUUUCCUGCUCCAAAAAACGAGCUCUUCCAGCGCUUCCAUGUUUAUUACCUUGGUUGUAUACCAGUGGCCAGACCAGUCGGAAUGGAGAUACUGAAUGAAGCCUUGGAGUUUGCGAUGGCUGGCAGGGAUAAAAAUGACUGGACUCCUGUUUCUGUCAACGUGGCACCAGCCACCCUCACUAUACUUUCAAAACAGGAUGACGAGGUCCUGUCGGAGUGCAGGGUGCGCUUCCUGUCGUUCAUGGGCGUGGGGAAGGACGUCCACACCUUUGCUUUCAUCAUGGCUGAAGGCCCGCAGGAGUUCACCUGCCACAUGUUCUGGUGUGAGCCCAACGCUGCCAGUCUGAGCGAGGCCGUUCAGGCUGCUUGCAUGCUUCGCUACCAGAAGUGUUUGGAUGCCCGCCCCCCCAGCCUGGCCUCCUGCCUUCCCACUCCUCCCGCUGACUCUGUGGCCCGCCGGGUUAAGAAAGGUGUUCAGAGUCUGCUUGGCACCUUUAAGAGCUACAGGUCAGGUUCUCAGUCCCCGUAAGCCGGCGAGAGGACCCUCUACUGUUCGCCAAAUGCCAACGUCCAAUCACAGCAGCGCCCCUCCUCACCCCUACCUGUCCCCCUUGCUCCACCUUACCGCCGUCUCUCGUGUGCAGUCUGUAGUGUGUGAGGUAGAUCUUCGCACAAACCCCUCACAUCAAACAUCUUUGUGUUUUUUUAACAGAAUUGUUGAAUGUUUGACACGGAUGUAAUAUUUUUACCUGCCGACACAAGAAUUCCCACUGAAGCGCUCCACAGGUCGUCAAACACAGAAUUUUCCGUGCCGUCUUAGGGCAUCAUAACCCCCCGCUCCUCCCGUAGUCGUAGGUCUCCCGGGCAAUGUAAUUUAGUCUUCCAGUGACCUCCUCCAGUGACUGGAUCGUAGUGCGUUCUCUUGUCAUUCUGCAUGACCAUUUGCAAUUUCAGCGCCAGCGUGCAAUAACCAGAUGUUUCCGAAUGACGUGAUGAUUUCUUUUAACUCUUAUUUUUUGUAACAAGCGGGUCUUCAUCGAUCUAGCACGAGAGGCUUAAAUGGAACAAACAGAGCCAUGAUGAAAAUCAUUCUCUCCUGACGAUAAUAGUAAUAAAGUUACAAACUGGGUUUUCUUCACAACUGUUUACCACCAACAAAAAGCGACUGAAUCGUACUGUAUACUCUCACCACAAGCUGCAUGUUUUGAUAGCGUAGAUGACUGCUGUCUGCAGCAGGGUAGUGCUCAAGAGCCAUCAGUGUAACCUAUAAAUAUAUAUAUUUUUUUGUGUGUGUGUUUCUGUAUUGGGGGGAAAUGAGGAAGUUAGAGCUGAUGUGAUUUUUGUGUACCAUAGGCAUGUCACACUAGUUAGUGUCAGUUUAUCUUUAAGCUAGCUUAGGGAGUUAAACCUCUUGUGUAAAUGAGAAUUUUUGAUUUAUCUUUUGUUUCUUUGUGUGUGUGGCCCCCGGUCUCUCUGGUUAUUGUUUUAUUCUUUUCUUUUUUUUUCACACACUAAAGUGUAAACACCAAACACGAUUUCUACAUUAACUCGUUAGAUUCAGUUUUUAUAAAGACUCACACAACUAGCUGAGUUGUAUUUUACCUUCGUGUCUGUCGUAAGUGGUCAGUACUGUAUGUAGCACAAUAGUAAAGCUCAUCUCUAAUGUUGAAGACGCCGUGUGUAAGGCGUUUCUGAGCGUUACAUGAAUCGGCUGUAAGUCUGAUUCACCCAGAUAAGAAAGAAGAACGAAUGGCAUUUUUGUGUUUUUAGGUUUAAACCUCAAAUUUUGACAGUUAAAAAAACUGCCCACCUAAUUAUUAAGGGUCCAAAAUGCCACAGUUUCUAUGAAUGUCAAAUAAGUAAAAUUAGUCUCAAUAUUUUCAUUGUUUUAGUACUUUAUAGGACAUAACAGUGGGGGUAUUUAAAAGGAUUAAAUCUUUAUUUUUUAUGAUCCGAGAGCAUCACAAAUUGAUCCCAUCUGUCAGCCAAAAUUAGUUAAUGAAACAAAAUAAUCUGAAGCUUAUUUGGAAGACCAAACGGGGGCAUCAAUGGACGACCUGUUGUCAUCUGGUCACCCCAGAUGAGAGCAGGGAUGGCAAAACAAAAAACAAACAUAAGACAGAUGCAUGAAGCUGCCGCCUUCCCCAGAGUGAAGAGAUAUGCAGUAGCUUGGAGAUUUAACAAUGUGGCACUUACAGUUAUUACUAGGACAGUCCUUUAUGCCUUUCUUUCAUGUUUGGCUCAGAAGUCAUUUCAGGAUCCUACUGGAAGUGAAACUACGCAGACACCUUCUAUCUUUCAUUUGGCUCAGACACUGAAGAACAGUAACUAACUACUGUACUGAUUUCAGGUGUUGACCCGUCUGGUAGCGAAGAACAUUUUUGUUGUUCUGGCUGUUGACUUCCUGAAAAACAUUUUUCUGAUACCUUAAGGACCUUUUUUUUUUGUAAAUUAGUGCUAAUAUGAAUAUGUAUGCUUUUUAAACUCUUUCAUAACAAGCUGAAGCACAGGAUAUAUUAAAUAAAUACUGAAAUUUUACAUUUUUUAAAAUAAAUCUAAUUUAUUUAACAUAUUUAGUUGUGUUUUUAGUAGUAACCUGACACAUUUCUAUACAUACUGAGAUAUUUGUUAAAUUGUGGCACUUUAGGCCCUUGGUGCUCAUCAGCUGUAAGCACUGAAAUUCCUCUAACUGAACAAAGUUUUGUCAGGUAAAUCGGAAAACACAGUGCCAAAAGGAAUUGCCAUUCUGUUAAAACACACAAACACUAAACAUUUAAGCAUAUCUAACAGAUACAAACAAUUUCUGAGAGGUUCGCUGUGGCAAUUCUAGUGAUGGGUCUUUUCCUCAUAUCUGGUUGUGAAAGCAACGCUGUGUCUGUCAUGGCUCCCAAAAGUCUUUCCAACUUCGUUACGACUUGAGAUAAAACACUACAGAAGUCGACUCUACGUUCACUCAUGUAACUGCCUUGCCACUCACGUGUCACAUGGAGUUAUUGUGGUUUUCUCCUCUGAAAAUUGCUGUGUCCAGUCUGAUGAUUAAAAGAAAAUGGAUUAAUUUAUUACUGGUCAUGUAAAUUAGGUGUAAAAAAAAAAAGAAAAAGAGAAGUGGAUGUAUAUAAAAGUCACUGCACAAUAAAUGUGGACAUAUCAUCAA